UUGACGGGAUAACGGUACGCGGAAGCAUAAAAACCAAAACAACACGAGAAACGUCCAGUAUGUAACGUGUGUAAGCCUGCAAGCUAUGCUGAAGGUGCGAAUUUUCGUUCGACUACUCAUUGCGCCGGUUGGUCGUGUUCAAACAAAUAAGUGUUUCAGCAACCAGGUCAAUACCAAGUGGACAGAAUUGAUUGCACAACGAAGAAUGGAAGCCAGCGCUAUCUCACGACCGAAUCCGGUGGUAAUGAAGAUCGAUACUCCUGAGUUUCACUCCAUUUUCACCAACGAGCUUCGAGAUCUUAUUGCGCUGUUCAAAAAGUACAAUCAUGAAAUUAGAAUCGCCGGUGGUGCUGUCCGAGACAUUUUGAUGGGUAAAUGUCCCAAAGAUGUGGAUAUUGCAACACCGGCGACACCAACGGAAAUGAAAGAUAUUUUUCAUAAGGAAAGCAUCCGAAUGAUCAAUAUGAACGGAGAAAAACAUGGUACUAUCACUCCAAGGAUAAAUGAUAAGGAAAAUUUCGAGAUCACCACAUUGCGGAUUGAUGCCAUAACAGACGGACGCCAUGCAGAGGUUGUACAUACCAAAGAUUGGUUACUCGAUGCCAACAGGCGUGAUUUGACUAUUAAUUCGAUGUUUCUUGGUUUUGAUGGCACUUUGUACGAUUACUUCUACGGAUAUGACGAUCUUCAAAAGCGAAGAGUGGCGUUCGUGGGAGAUCCAGAUCUCAGAAUAAAGGAAGACUAUCUUCGGAUUUUACGUUACUUUCGGUUCUACGGAAGAAUAGCGGAAGACGCAAACAAUCACGACGAGGAAACUCUUCGAAUUAUUGCUAAAAAUAGCUCUGGUUUGGCACGUAUCAGUGGUGAGCGAAUCUGGCAAGAAUGGAAGAAGAUUCUUAAUGGAAAUUUUGGAUGUGAUUUAACCGUCCAGAUGAUCGACUGUGAUUUAGGGAAUCAUUUGGGACUUCCAGAAAAGCCCAAUGUUGAGGAAUUUACUAAAACAUUUAAAUGCGUUAAAUCAAUUAAUUUGGAUGAGAUACAGCCAAUUACAGUUUUAUCAGCCUUACUACACACUCCUGAAGAUGCAAUAACGUUGAAUUUGAGAUUAAAGUUUACUGUUUUCGAACGUGAGUUGUCCUAUUUCUUGGUGCAAAAUCGAGACGAAUAUAAAUCUGUCAAUGAACUUCUCCCAUUCCAACAACUCACCCUGCAAACUCUGGGAAGCGCCAAGCUCAAGAAAGAAUACGUUUUGGAGUUGCUACGAUAUUACGGUAAAGUUGAUUUACACCAGCAGCUCAAAGAGUGGCAAGUGCCACGGUUUCCGAUCAAAGGAAAUGUGUUGAUAGAGCAGGGGGCACCUAAAGGUCAGAAGCUGGGAUUAGUCGUUAACGAAUUAAAGAUUAUAUGGUCCAAAAAACAAUUUAACAUGACCGAACAAGAACUAUUGGAACAUUUGCCAAAAGUUUUGGACAAACUGGAGUUAAAAGGUAAAACAUAAUAGCAUUUCUGAUCUGUGAAAUAAAAGACGGUAUAUUGUUGAGUUUGACAA